AUGUCUGUAAGCACGUCUGGCCGGUCGACCGGCGAGGACCUGGAUUAUGUCACUCCGGAGGACAUUGCCAUACAUUUACUCCGGCAGAGUAUGUCCGAGGGCGACCUCAUUGCGCUCAUAAGGGAAGAGAGGAAGGCAACUGGCCGGAAGCUAGUCGUGCAACCCAAGUCACACCCCAAAUCCACUUUCACACCACUGCCACCAAAGAGGGAGCAGCCCCAGCCACGGGUCACGCCGUUCGUUCCCACAAACCCCUUCGAGGCAAAGACGCAGUCUGCCCGGGCAAACACAGAGCGCUUCAUUGGUGUGGACACCCCAUAUGAGUCGCAUAGAAUGGACUUCAAUGACGGGCGGACAACGGAUGAGGACCGCCGCGUCGCCCCGUUCGUUCCGACGUGUUCGUCUCAGGCGAAAGACGCGCUUCAAAUCAAGUACUACCUCAACAGCCCCAUGGCCACAACGAUACCGCUGGGUCAGCCUCAGCCGCAAUCGGAGCGGAGUCGGGGGACCUCGCGCGGCGGUUCCAGCACCCGGUCCGGGGCACAACGGAGCUGA